AUGAGUGCUAGAACAAGUAAUGUUUCAUGUCAUGCGCAUCAGCAGUUGGAUUUUACCGCGUAUCGAAGUUCUGUUAGAGACAACCAGAUGACUGACUUACGCUCAUCAAACAAGCAUCGACACACCAAUGCAUCACAACCUGGGUUCCCGUCAAAACCAGUUGGUUGGAAGCUGGUGGAUAAAGAAUUUGACCCUCCUGUGGAGAUGAUGGUGAAUGAUUUUGAUGAUGAAAGAACACUUGAUGAAGAAGAAGCUCUAGAAUGCCAAGAAGAUCCUCAGACUGAACUCUCCAACCUCCAGCGUGAAGGUGAUAUGCCUUUGGAGGAGCUUUUGGCCAUGUAUGGAUACGGUGACCCUACAGCUGAAAAUAUGCAGUCGAGUAGCUCUGAAGAAAUGUCAAACCAUGAAUUAACCAUUGAAAAUGAUGAUAUGAGUCGAGAAAUGUUGGGAGAAGAUGAAGAGAAAUCAGACCAUGCUGAACUUCGACAGCUAUAUUCUCCAGAAAAAGGAACAGAGGAGAAUGCAGGUACUUCAAGACUUUUAAGACUAUCCAGACCCCAGAGUGAGGAGGAAGAAGAUGAUUAUGACUACAGUCCUGAUGAAGAAGAGUGGAGGAAAACAAUUAUGGUAGGUAGUGACUAUCAGGCAGGUAUCCCAGAAGGCCUUUGCAAGUAUGAUGAUGCCCUUCCUUAUGAAAAUGAAGAUAAACUUUUGUGGAAUCCUGCUAAUUUAAGCGAGAAAGAUGUAGAGGAAUUUCUUGUGAAAGCCCAGGAGUCUUUAGUGAAUAAUCCGCAGGGAGUUCAUGCAAUUCCCACUGGUGCUCAUACACGAGAUGACGAACAAGCCUUAUACCUUCUGUUGCAGUGUGGUUACAAUGUAGAGGAAGCAUUACGAAGAAGGCGUAUGAAUGUUGUUCCUCCUACAGAUACAAUGAGUUUAUGGUCAGAAGAAGAAUGUAGAAAUUUUGAAAAUGGCCUAAGAAAUUAUGGUAAAGAUUUCCAUCUCAUUCAACAAAAUAAGGUUCGUACAAGAUCUGUUGGUGAAUUGGUUCAGUUUUAUUACCUUUGGAAGAAAACAGAAAGACAUGAUAUAUUUGCAAAUAAAGCCCGCUUGGAAAAGAAGAAAUAUACUUUACACCCAGGUAUUACAGAUUACAUGGAUCGUUUCCUUGAAGAACAAGAAAGUGGUGCAGUUUCCCAUAACAGGGACCGUAGUUCAUCUCCUAAUAUCAAUUGUUUAAUAUACGGAGAUCCAAAACGUCACAGAGUGCCCGAAGCAAGUGAUGAAACACCCUAUAAUGUAGAUUCAUUUUGUGAUCUUGCUUCUACGUUAGGGAAGGAAGGAUUUCAAUCGCUUGUGAAUCUUACAGCACAAGCCGGAGGUAUGGAAGGUGUUAGUAGUCGAAGUGACAAUGAUGAGAACACUGGAGGUGCAGUAGAAGGACCCCCAUUGAAUAGUGUCGAAAUGGCAUUUUCCAGUACUACUGUAACAGAUUCCUCAGUCAUGAAUACUUCUACAACAGACUCUGAUUUGCCUCAGUCCACUGAGCCUAUUGCAUAG